GCUUCAGUGUGCUCUCUUCUCCAUCAUCAUCAUCAUCAUCGAGCUCUUCAUCAAUCUGAGCAAAAAUGUUAAGCUCUCAGAUUCAGAAGCUAAAUUCAACGAAACCCUUUUCUCUUUUGCCACCAAAACCUUCACUUUCUAGCCAUGGAAACACUUUCUUUCCUACUAACUAUAAGCAGAAGAAAUGUCUCCCAAAGAGAAACCCAAGCCUUAGCGUGCGAGCUAGCAUCAUUGGUAAGGCUAUUUCAGCCAUUAAGCAUCACACUGAAGCUGUUUCAGUGACGGCAACUGUUACUGUUAAAGUAACAGUUGGUGGACUUAUCUCUAGUAUUGGUGUUACAAAACCUCUUGAUGAGCUUACAGAUGCCAUUGGUAAAAGUCUCCUUUUGGAACUUGUUAGCGCAGAGCUUGAUCACAAAACGGGGCUGGAAAAGGAUACGAUAAAGGCUUUUGCUCAUAUUCAUCUAGGAAGCCAUAAGCCUGGAGAGGUGAAGUUAGAAGCAAAUUUCAAUGUUCCAUCUGGAUUUGGUGAGGUUGGAGCCAUCCUGAUAGAGAACGAACAUCACAAGGAAGUGUUCAUAGAGAGCAUAGUUCUUGAAGGAUUUCCUCAGGGUCCUGUUACUGUUUCUUGUAAUUCAUGGGCUCAUUCCAAAUAUGAUAAUCCCAAUAAGAGAAUUUUCUUCACUAAUAAGUCAUACUUACCAGCCGACACACCAGAUGGAUUGAAGAGGUUAAGAGAAGGGGAGUUGGAAAGUCUACGAGGAAAUGGGCAAGGAGAGAGAAAGUCAUUUGAGAGGAUUUACGACUACGAUGUAUAUAAUGAUCUUGGAGAUCCAGAUUCCAAAGAAGACCUUGCUAGGCCUGUUCUUGGCGGCAAAGAACAUCCAUAUCCCAGACGUUGUAGAACAGGACGUCCUCGCACUGAAACAGAUCCAUUAACUGAAACAAGAAGUGGUGAUUUUUAUGUUCCAAGGGAUGAGUCUUUUGCUGAGGUGAAGCAAGCUUCAUUUGGUAUAAAUACAGCAAAAUCUCUGUUGCAUGCCUUGGUGCCCACAAUAGAGACUGCAAUUAUUGAUGACAAGCUUGGAUUCCCGUACUUUACUGCCAUAGACCAGCUAUUUAACGAAGGAAUUGAACUGCCCAAAGACGUGGAAAAACCUUGGUAUCUUCAGACACUGUUACCAAGAACUGUUAAAGCUGUUAAUGAAACUGGAAAAGAAAUCUUGCGCUUUGAAACUCCUGAAUUGUUUGACAGGGACAAAUUUUCUUGGUUCAGAGAUGAAGAAUUUUCUCGUCAAACUCUUGCCGGCCUCAAUCCUUAUGGCAUAGAGUUGGUUACGGAAUGGCCUCUGACGAGCAAACUCGACCCUAAAAUCUAUGGUCCUGCUGAAUCAGCGAUCACAAAGGAAAUAGUCGAAAAAGAAAUAGGAGGAUUCAUGACGGUUGAAGAGGCUUUCGAGAAGAAGAGGCUAUUUAUAUUGGAUUACCAUGAUAUUCUAUUACCAUAUGUGGCCAAAGUAAGAGAGCUUGAAGGCACCACAUUAUAUGGUUCCAGGACUCUGUUCUUCCUUGUGAAUGAUAGUGCGUUGAUGCCUGUUGCUAUUGAACUCACUCGCCCACAAAUCGGUGACAGGCCACAAUGGAAAACAGUGUUUACACCAGGCCACGAUGCCACUAGCUGCUGGCUAUGGAGGAUGGCUAAAGCACAUGCCAUUGCUCAUGACUCAGGCAUCCACCAACUUGUUUCUCACUGGCUGAGGACACAUUGCUGUGUAGAGCCAUACAUAAUUGCAGCUAAUAGACAACUCAGUGAAAUGCAUCCCAUCUAUAGACUUCUAAAUCCUCAUUUCAGAUACACAAUGGAAAUUAAUGCUCUUGCUCGAUCAAAGCUCAUCAAUGCUGGUGGAAUUAUUGAAAGCACUUUCUCUCCUGGCAAGUACUCCAUCGAGCUCAGCUCUGUUGCUUAUGACAAGCUCUGGCGCUUUGAUACAGAAGCAUUACCAGCUGACUUGAUCAGCAGGGGAAUGGCAGUUGAGGAUCCUACAGCAAAGCAUGGACUGAAGCUAGCAAUUGAAGACUACCCAUUCGCCAAUGAUGGUCUGGUGCUCUGGGAUGCAAUAAAGCAAUGGGUUACUGAUUAUGUGAACCACUACUAUCCAGAAGCCAGCCAAGUCAAAUCUGACAGCGAACUUCAAGCAUGGUGGGAAGAAGUUAGAACUAAAGGCCAUGAAGACAAGAAGGAUGAAACAUGGUGGCCUGUCCUGAAUACCAAACAAGACUUGAUCCAAGUUUUGGCUACCAUAAUUUGGACAACUUCAGGUCAUCACGCAGCUGUGAACUUCGGCCAAUAUGUGUUUGCUGGGUACUUCCCCAACAGGCCAACAAUUGCUAGAAACAACAUGCCAACUGAGGAUCCAGCAGAGGAGGACUUCGAACUCUUCUUAAAGAAACCAGAAAAAGCACUGCUACAAUUGUUCCCUUCACAGCAGCAAGCAACUAAAGUUAUGGCUAUUUUGGAUGUUUUAUCAAGCCAUUCACCUGAUGAGGAGUACAUUGGAGACACUUGGGAACCAUCUUGGGUAGCAGAUCCUGUCAUUAAGACUGCCUAUGAAAGGUUCAAUGCAAGACUGAAGGAGCUUGAAGCUACUAUUGAUGAAAGGAAUAAUGAUUUGAAGAACACAAAUAGAGCUGGAGCUGGAGUUGUUCCCUAUGAACUCUUGAAGCCAUUCUCUGAAUCUGGGGUUACAGGAAAGGGUGUUCCAAAUAGCAUUUCAAUCUGAGUUGCUUUUAUUGAACAACAAUAAUCGAUAAUUAGUUAUGCUUUUGAAAAAUGUGUGUUGUUAAGCUCCAUAUUCUAUGAAAUUUGGCUUGUUCCCUGAAAUAAACUCAUCUGUUAUAGCAUUCUGCUUGGGAAAGUUGAUGUUGCUCAUCAAUUAAUAAAAGAAAAAAUGUUGUGCAUGAAA